AUGAAUUAUGAUGUGAAGCUUUGUAAAUGGGGUCAGACACAGUUGGCGGCAAUAUGCAGACAUGGGACAUGUCCUUGGAAGAUCUAUUGUUCUGUGGAUAAGCGUGUAGGGAGAUGGUCAGUGAAGACAUAUGUUGAUAUCCAUAACCAUGCUGUGAGUGGAAAAGCAAGGAUGUUGAAACUGGGUGUAAUUGGUAGGUUAUUCAGAGAAGAAGCAAGAAGAAGACCGUCUUUGAGUUGGACCGACAUCAAGGAUGAGAUAAUGAUGAGGUACACGAUAUCAAAACAACAGUUUGCAAAGUUGUGGGACUACGAGAGAGAGCUGAAGCUGUCUAACGAGGGUACUCACACAGAGAUUGUAACCAUUCCGCAGGUGAGUGGUAAGCAACAAUUUGACAAGUUCUAUGUCUGUUUUGCGGCGCUUAGAAGAACAUGGAAGAAUUGCUGUCGUCCUAUUAUCGGAAUUGAUGGAGCAUUUCUGAAAUGGGAAUUGAAAGGUGAGAUUCUAGCAGCUGUUGGAAGGGAUGCAGACAAUAGGAUUUAUCCUAUUGCUUGGGCAAUAGUCAGAGUUGAGGACAAUGAGUCAUGGUCUUGGUUUGUUGAUAAGCUAAAGACAGAUUUGGAUUUGGGAGUUGGCGAUGGAUUGACUGUUAUGUCAGACAAGAGAAAUGGGUUAAUCAAUGCAAUAUCUGAUUUGCUUCCAAAUGCAGAGGAUAAGCAUUAUGCUCGACACAUAUAUGCCAAUUGGAAGAAGGUUUAUGGUGACUACACACAUGAGAGUUUUUUCUGGGCCAUCGUAUACAGUGCAACAGUUGGGGAUUUCUCUUAUAAUAUGGAAGCUUUGAAAGUAUAUGAUCCACCUACUGCUGAGGAUUUGAUGAAAAUAGAACCGAGUACAUGGUGUAGGGCGUUUUUCAGCUACCAUUCAAGCUGUGAGGAUGUGUGCAACAAUCUCUCUGAGAGUUUCAACCGAACAAUCAAAGACGCCAGGAAGUUACCGGUUAUUAAUAUGCUUGAGGAAGUGAGGAGAAUCUCCAUGAAGUGCAUUGCUAAACUGUCUGGUAUGACAAACAAAUGUAAUACCCGGUUUCCUCAUAAAAUUAUGGAGAUACUUGAAGCCAACCGAAAAUCAGCGAAGUUUUGCUCAGUCCUCAAAAGUGGUGAGACCAAAUAUGAGUGGAAGCUCACAUGCAUACCUUGUCCACAUGCCAUAUAUGUCAUCACAGAACACAAUCGUGAUCCAGAAGACUAUGUUGAUGGACAUUUACAAACAAAUGUCUGGAAAGAUACAUAUAAGGAGAACAUAGAACCUGUAAAUGGUGAAAGGUUGUGGGAGAAAACAGGCAAAGGACCAAUUGAAGUACCUGAUAAGAGGAAAAAACGAGGACGCCCAAAAAAUUUUAAUAGGAUAAAGGAGCCAGGUGAAUCAUCAACUAAUCCAACAAAGCUUGCAAGAGAAGGUAAAACUGUUACGUGUAGCAACUGUAAGCAAAUUGGUCACAAUAAGGGAACCUGCAAGCAACAAACAGUCCAAUUACCUCCUCCACGCAAAAGGGGCAGACCACGAAAAAGUCUGGAUAAUGAUGACCCUUGGAGCAUCCACGAUGACCCUUGGAGCAUCCACAAUGCACCAAAGAGGUGGAAGGCUGCUCAAAGACAAUCGACACCACCUGUUGCACAAAGUCAAUCUGCACAAAACCAAGAAGUACCGCAUCAUUCAAGUGCUCCACCAACAACUAAAAAAAGUGGUACAGGACGUGCACGAGGUUGUCCUCCAGGACGUGGAAAUGGUUGUGGUAAUUCACAAGUCAAAGGUCGUGGCAAGUACUACGAUGUUCCAAAACCGCCGGUCUUUUUUAUGUCUCUUUGGUCUGAUAAGGUGUUUGAUGUUUGGCGACCUGAGAAGAAGUCAGAUUAA